AAUUCGGACGGAACUUUGACCCGAAACAGCAUCCCCGCAGACUGCAUUAUCUCGGCCGUUGACACCUCCAAGACGGACCUUCCCCUCUAUGUCGCCGAAACGGAAGCCACCAUCACUGGUGAGCCUCUGCGCAGCUUCCGUGCCAAGCACGACUAUGAAGAGGCGAAGCCCAGUGCGGCGCCUGUGAUGGCAGAUGUCGCCAUGGACGAAGAUCCAGCCACCUGCAAGGGUGAGCCUUCCUCGGCCGUUGAUGUGGCAGUGACACAGAUGCCGGUGACGAGCAGUCUCAUCACCGCUAACUUCCGUCACCUCAACCAAGGCACGAAGAAGCGAGGGCAGAUGAGCGCCGAGGCCACAGUCAUCCGUGAUGCUGAGGAUAUUGUGACAAGGGCGAUGCAGCUACAGUAUGCAUCCGUGUCAUGCCGCUGGUCGGAGGAUGUUCAAUUCCAAUGGCGCAUGCCCAUGCUUCAUUACAUCGCUUGCGCAUGCCUCCCAGAUCCAGAGCGAACUGAAGAGCAGCGACACCUACGUGCUGGUUCCCACUAUGCCGCCACACAGUCGGGUGUGCCUGCGGGCAAGCUGGUCUUCUAUGCCCACUGUGAAGUGGAGCCCUGCGGACAUUGCGUUUCAUCGACGAUGUUGGAAGCGUUCUCACUUUUGAGGGUGAGGUGCCGGGCCACGGACGAGGAGAUCGUUGAGGUUGCUGCGCGCAACAAGGGCACCCCAAAGGGGUCGCCCGAUACCGUUGCACCGCUCUAUCGAGGGUACCCUCAGGCUGUCAGGCCAUGGGACGAGUGGAACCGCUCUGGUGGCCAGACUCAUGGCCGGUAUUCGCAAGCCGAGUGGGAUCAGUGGUUGGAGGCUGCGGAUGGUGGUGGUUACACUCCAUUGCUCGUGGCCUGCGCGAAGGAGAACCGCUGGCCGGUUGCGGAAUUGCUGUUGAACUCCUCUGCGGAGCUUGGCGUUGCGACACACGGUCAGAAGUUGUCUCCCUUGUUUCUGGUCAGCGA